AUAACCACUCCCAGAUGACCAUGUCACAUACUUUACCUCUGUAGCUAUGCCUUCGCUAUAAGGAACAUCUAUUUUCACUAGGAUAGUCACAGCUUUCCAACCAACCUUUGCAGGCCAAUUUCGCGGAUGCUGAUGAGCAACCAUGACCAGGUUCAGGCAGGCACAAAAGGUCCCCUCUCAAUCCCACGCCCCCCAACCGCACGACGCGGAUGGCGCCGUCGGUGCCGACGAAGAAGCGCAAGGUGAACCUCCCGGAGAACUAGGAGGGCGUGGCCAGGAUCUUCGAGAAGCACCGCUCCAUGGCGGCGCAGCAGCCGGGCGGCCUCCCGGACCACCAGACCCGCGCGCUCUCCGCCGCCUACACCGGCGUCUGCGCCGCCAAGGAGCCCGUCCGGACCCCUGGCGACCUGGCCCGUCUCAAGUAUAUGCUGAAAUCGAUCUAGGUCGUUACCAUUUUUAUAUGGCGAGGUGUAUUUAUAUCCAUUCCUUUAGGGCUGCCAUUCUACUUGGGUUUUGCCUGCAAGUAGAUGACCAGAGAAGUGGUGGGAGUUGGAGGUUGGGUUGUUGAUGUUAUGGAAGACUCCUUUCCAGGGUCCAGCCUUGAUUUGUCUCCUCCGAGAAGUAACACACCAGGAGAAACAGGUAAUAGUUUUCAUGAUUGCUCACGUGACACACCGAACCUGAUAAGCAUGACCAAACUCCAAAAAGGAAAAGAGAUGACCCGAAAGACAGUGACAGUCGCUCAGAUUCUCCUGAUCAUGGUAAAGGUGGUACUUCUCAUGGUGGUAAAACCUGUCAUUUGCUACCAGUAGAGAAUGAGAUGUCUGCCUCCUCUGAAAGUGAGGUAGAUGGGUUUUUGCUCAUUGAAACGUUGGCUAGGGAGCAGGGGUUGUAUGACCUGGAGGAUUCACAUGGUGCUUCGAGCUGGUUGGUGCCAGUCGACCCAACUAUGAUCCCGAAAAUGGUGAUACCUGGGGCUGAUCACCACAAGGUGCAGGUUGUGGAGGUUGAUGGAGAGGUGGACCCAAAAUUGAAGACUUCUGCUGAGUAUGUGGUACAGCUCCCUUCACCUGAUCGUAAUGAGGAGAUCGUGCUCACUCCGCCACUUGCCCCUGAGGGCGUGCACAGAUUCAGCAAGCGUAACGCUCGAAGCAUGCAAGAGAAUGUGGAAGCUAGAGCUGUGAGGGUGGCCAAUGAGAAAGAUGGGGCAGGUAACAAACCAAACCUGAAUAAAAAUUCUUUCGCAGCUCUUUCUGAUAAUGAGUUGAUGAUUAGAGCUGCUAAAAUGGGGGUCUGUAUUCCUGAUAAUGAUUUUACUUAUAUUGAUGUGCUUCGGGAGUUGGAAAUAGUCAGAGGGAAUUUAGAAGAAAAGAAAAGUAUAGAGGACAAUAGGCAGGGUGAUGAGGAUGACAUUAUUGUCACUAAUGGGCUGGGGAAGAAAGCUCAUGUUAACCUUGACUGGUUAGAACAUGAUGAAACUAUAAAUGAGCAAUGCUCUGCUGGCAGAUCUAAUAAGAAAAAACAAUGUAGAUCUGCGGUUAAGCUCUCUAGGCCUGUGACUAGGAGCCAAAAAAGGAAGGAUCCCAUAGGAGAUGAUGUUUGUAACCCUACACUGCCUCCUGGUAGGGUUAUUAGGACUCAGCACCAUAAAAAACGUUCUAAAUGAAAGGUGUCAUAUGGAACUGUAGGGGGGUAGGCAAGAAGGGAAUGGCCACCUGCCUCUCUGAUAUGAUCAGUGACCAUUCUGUAGAUUUCCUGGGGUUGCAAGAGACCAUGAAAAAGAAAUUUACUCCUGGUUGCCUGAGGAAAAUUGAUCCUUUUAGCGUUUUUAGUUGGAACUGGAUUCCCUCUGUUGGGAAGUUCGGGGGUAUCCUGUGUGGUGUUAAAAAUGAUAACUUGGAUAUUAUCUCCUGUGACAAGGGCAAGUAUAUCUUACAACUAGUGUUGUAUGAUAAGAAGAAAAAGACCAAUUGGGGUUUGUUGAUAGUCUAUGGUUCUGCUCAUGAGGAAUUUAAGGAAGAAUUCCUUAGUGAGCUUGCCUCAAUGUGUGGCUGUAUGCAAGUCCCAUACAUUGUUGGUGGGGACUUUAAUAUCCUUAGGCACUCUGGAGAGAAAAAUAAAAGGUUAUCUAAUCACAAAUCUUCUGAUCUUUUCAACUCCAUUAUAAAUAUC